AUGUCCGCCACGCACUCCUUCCGGGCGCACUCCAUGCACGCAACGAACCCCUCCGCAAUCGACGUGCCGACGCCCUCGCACAUCCCCUUCGCCGCGGGUAAGUCCGACCUGUACGCCUGCCGCAAGAUCAUCGAGCUCUACAUGGGCGCGGAGAUCUUCGAGAGCCACGCGGAGGCGACCCGCGGGGAGCGCACCAUCGAGGACGCCGAGGCGCACAUGGCGAUGUUCCUCGAGCAGCUCGACGUGCGCGAGCUCGGGAGCGGGCGGCGCUUCGUGGUGAAGGAGAGCCACGGCGCACUGCAGGCGCUCCUCAGCCUGAACGCGUUCAUCCUUGACCUCCGCAAGUUCCAGCACGCAACGGCAGAGGCGACUCUCGCGUCGAUCUCCCGCCUCCUUCCCCUCGCUUGGAUGGCCUACCAACAUGAUGUCAAUGCAAGCCCUUAG